AUGUCAUCCAUCACGGCAAUGCUGUCGGCGACGGCAACGUCUUCAGCUGCGCCGGCCAGUACCGGCGGAAAUAGAGUUCCCUCACAGGGUGGCGUUAUAGAAGGCGCGAACCCCUCGCAUUAUAAUCCAAAGGAUCCCAUCACCAUGUUUAUCAUCCAAGCCGGACUCAUCAUUAUAGUCUGUCACCUCCUCCACUGGCCAUUGUCCAAGAUUCGGCAACCUCGGGUGAUAGCCGAAGUCAUUGGCGGCAUUGUUCUGGGACCCUCGGUACUGGGUCGAAUCCCCGGCUUUCGUGCUGCUAUUUUCCCCACAGAGUCGAUCCCCAACUUGACGUUGGUAGCCAAUCUUGGUCUUGUUCUCUAUCUUUUCCUCAUAGGUCUUGAGACAGAUGUUCGCUUCCUCGUCAGCAAUUGGCGAGUUGCAACUUCAGUUGCAUUCGCCGGCUUGGCUCUCCCCUUUGCGUUCGGUUGCGCUCUUGCAUGGGGUCUCUACAACCAGUUUUCUAGUGACGAGGGCGUAACGCACAUUGACUUUCCUAUCUACAUGCUAUUCAUCGGUGUUGCUAUUGCAAUCACGGCAUUCCCAGUUCUUUGCCGUAUUCUGACUGAAUUGAAGCUCCUUGAUACCUCUGUCGGUGUCAUUGUGCUUUCAGCUGGUGUCGCGAAUGACGUUGUCGGCUGGAUCCUCCUCGCCCUCUGUGUUGCACUCGCCAACGCUGGAACGGGUCUUUCGGCUCUUUGGAUCCUUCUCGCGUGUGUCGGCUACAUGUUAUUCCUGUUAUACCUUGUUAGACCAGCUUUGCUCUGGCUGCUACGACGAACGGGCAACAUCGAGAACGGACCUUCGCAGAGCAUGAUUGCACUCAUCCUUUUGAUCGCCCUGACCUCGGCUUUCUUUACUGGUAUAAUUGGCGUCCACGCAAUCUUCGGAGGAUUCAUGGUUGGCCUUAUCCUGCCUCGUGAGAACGGCUUUGCCAUUAAGGUUACUGAAAAGCUAGAAGACUUGAUUGGUGCUCUAUUCUUGCCCUUGUAUUUCACUCUUUCCGGACUCAACACCAAUCUGGGACUCCUUGACAGUGGUAUUACCUGGGGAUACGUUAUUGCCGUUACAUUCACCGCCUUCUUGACCAAAGUCAUUGGUGCCAGUCUCGCUGCUCGAUUGAACGGCCUGGUCUGGAGAGAGUCCUUCUCCAUUGGGGCUCUAAUGAGUUGCAAGGGCCUCGUCGAGCUGAUUGUCCUCGUAAGUACCCUCGGCGUCUUAUCGGAGGAGAGCUCAAUGACGAGAUGGAUUCGGAGAUGGAAGCUAAUUGAAGCACAGAACAUUGGCCUCCAGGCUCGGAUCCUGAGCACCAGAACUUUCACCAUUUUCGUCGUCAUGGCUUUGCUGACCACCUUCGCAACCACUCCUCUGACAUCGUUUCUAUAUCCUCGCUGGUAUCAGAAGAAGCUUGAGGCUUGGAAGCGUGGUGAGAUUGACUGGGACACCGGUGAACCCAUCGCGAGUCACAGUGGAUCGACCGACGACUACGAAUUUGCCAAGCCGACCAAUGACCGAGUCCAGCGCCUGCUAGUAUACCUCCGAUUGGACAAUAUGCCGGCCCUACUCAACUUAGUCUCUCUGUUUGGAAAACAGUCCGAUUCAGGAGACCACUACACCCAAAAUGACGAGAAGGCUGGGGUGAAGUCAGACACAGUCGCUUUGGGCUCUUCCAACGGCAUCAGGGCUGUGCGGGCUCAUGGCUUCCGCUUACUUCAUCUCACCGAUCGUGACUCUUCCGUCAUGACUGUGUCUCAGGUCGACGAUUUCAGUCGGAAUGACCCUGUGGUCAACAUCUUCCGGACCGUUGGACAAUUUGUCAAGGUUGCCGUUUCUGGCGAGGUGUCGAUCAUGCCCGAGACUCGCUUUGCUGAAGCUCUCCUUUCGAAGUCUUCGGAUAUCUCGUCCGACCUUCUCCUCGUCCCCUGGAGCGCAAGUGGUAGCCUGGUGGACACACAAGUCUUGUCGGCCGACAGCAUUAACAAGCUUGGAUCAACAUAUACAGGUUUUGCCAAGUCCAUCCUCGACUCCCCGGAGCACAAUAUUGGCAUCUUCUUCCCCAAAGGCAGUGUACCCCAACCUGCUUCGGACCUCAGUAGCGAUCGCAACAAGCUCUCGCGAGCAUACUCAUUCAGUGACAUCCAUCACGAUAUCCCGACAAUUCCCGUUACGAACAAGUCUCACCAGGUUUUCAUGCCGUACUUUGGCGGCAACGAUGACAAGCUUGCUCUCAAGUUGGUGCUUCAACUGUGUGAGAAGCACAAUGCACAGGCCACCGUGGUGCACUUCACUGGGACGGCUGAGGGAGAAUCUCAGUCUCAUGAGAGCGACUACUUCGGCUUCGUGUCGACGCACACACCUGCUAGUGUGGUCUCACGCAUCAAGUUUGAGACUUCUUCUUCUGCCAAUGUCUUGGAGGCUGCCUCAAGCUAUGCGGCGUCAGGUGUCAGAGCGGAUACGCGAGAAGUCACCUGGCACAACCUGGUCAUUCUCGGUCGGCGCAGCGCUAUAAAAGCGACUGAAGGCAAGGCGUCUGUUAGGGUCUCAGAAGAUAUCCAGGACUGUUUGGGUCUGGCUGCGGGUGUUUUCAUCACGGCUGGGGUAAAGGCGGAUCUGCUCGUUGUGCAAGCUAAAACGUCCAGUACCUAG